AACGAAGCUGUCAAACUACAGUUAUAUAGUACACAAACAAUUUGCUUCCGGACUGAUUUCCUGGGCUUUCUUCGGCGGUCCCCAAGCCAACAUAACAAUAGUAGCAGCUAAAACCAAAAACAAUGGACAAUGAGUACACCUUGGAAGAACUCGCCUGUCUGACCCAGGAGAAAAUCGACCUGGGCGAGAAACUGCUGGAAGAUUUGGCCAAGCUGGACUCGGUCGACGGAGUACGAAAAAUCUCCAAGAAAAUCAGUCAGGAGUUGAAAUUUCUUAAUAAGGUAAAGAACACCAGAACGGUUUCGGUUAACCACAUCCUGUGCAGCAACUUGACACACUUCGGCUGCCUGGUGCAGUGUCUUCUGAGCUGCGAAAAUGUGACUCAUGUGGAUUAUCCUUUGCCGCUGGAGGAACGCGGUUCAAAGCUACGGGUGGACAUUGUAGCCGAUGGAGGCGCAACAUGGAUUAAAGUGAUCGCUCGUAACCCGAAAUCGCUGAGCGACGCUGUGCACGGUCGCACUAGCUACGGAUCAAAAAGUAUACUCGAACAGGCGGAAGAGUAUGUCGAGGCAGCCGAAUCCAACCCGCAUAUGUUCAAACCUCCGCGGGUGGUGUUUCGCUUCCUGAGCAAUAUCGACGAUGAACUGGUCACUGAACUGCAGCAGAUCGGAGUUAUCGUUCUGGUGCUACAAACAUCCCAGCCGGUUCCUCGAACCGAAACUGCCACAGUCAAAAGCCUAAACUUGGACAUUACAACGCUGAUCGCGUACGUCAGCGCUAUGACGAACGGGUCCGCUCAUUGGGAGUACAACGAACCGCUGCUUACGGAACAGGCUCGCUGGGAACGUGAAAAACCAAUUAAACCUCUGCUGGAGCAGUACUUUCACGGGAAGGAACUGAUCUGCUGUGAAACUGCAUAUUCCUCCUUUAACGAGAUCCUAUCGAUUUUGGGAGGACCGAAGGAAAAAUCUCGUGCCGAAGAAUUAUUCCGGAAGGUUCGAAUACUGCCGGAUGUCCCACUGCCCCAGGAAAUGAAAAAUAUUAAAGUGGGUGGUAAAAUAAAACCCCGAAGUUUGCAGAUAUUUGCCUUCGGACUGAUGCACGAAGCCAUCACGGUUACCUCGAACGAAGGGUUUGUCCGGGCGGCCCGGAUGCAGGGAUUGGAAGUGCCGGUGUUUCUGCACGAUGCCAGAGCAUUGACGGAGGAAAAGGAGCAGAGUGGCCGUCUGUUGGAUGAGUGAUGGUGCUACGGGGUAAUCUAGUGUGUGAAACUAUUGUGAUUUUCAAAAUUUAAUACAGUUGUGUUCAAACAGUAAUUGAGUAUUGCAGUUUGAUGAACGAUGAAAAUGUUUUUCUUUUUUCUUUUUGAUAUUUAUAAUUUAUAAAAUCUUACGGAUUACGUAGCAUGUUUACAUAUUUACAAGAAGCAACAAUUUGUAUUUAACAACUUUACGAUAACCUGUCGGCAUACGCCUUAACUUAGGUCAAGGAAGCAAUGGAAAAUCGGAACCACACUAUAGGAAUAAUUUGUCGGGAUACAAUUGGAGUGGCUUUCGAAAUUAAAUUUUUAUUUGAAUAAAUUCCUGUUUUGAAA